GAGAGAACGCAGCAGACGCGAAUCUCGUUCUUUUGCGCUGCGACACUCUCUCCAUGAUGCGCCAUCUCCUGGCGGCCGUUCUUUUCUCUUGCCUGGCCUCUUUUGGCCUGGCUGCGGAUUACCACGAGCAGUUGAACCUCCGCCCGCUGCCCCUGUCCGCCCUCCUUGCGAGCUUCAACUUCCGAUCCAAUACGUCGCUAUCCGAUUUCGACUUGCAAAACUUUCGAUACUUUCCCCGGUCACUGGGACAGAUACUACAAUAUGCCGGGACGAGAGAGCUUCAUCUGAGAUUCAGCUUGGGAAGAUGGGAUGCUGAGAGCUGGGGAAGUCGGCCUUGGGAUGGUCAGCGCGAGGGCGGGACUGGUGUGGAGCUUUGGGCGUGGCUUGAGGCCGAGACGGACGAAGAGGCCGACCAGAAGUGGUUGACUCUCACCAAUGCUCUUUCAGGACUCUUCUGCGCAUCGCUCAACUUCGUCGACGGAACCCGAACCACCAGACCGGUCAUGUCAUUCCAACCCGAGGGUGACCACCCCGAAGCGUCCAUCCCCAACAUGCAGCUCCUCCACGGUGUUCUGCCGAAAGAGGUAGUGUGCACGGAGAACCUGACGCCCUUCUUGAAGCUGCUUCCUUGCAAGGGAAAGGCGGGAAUCUCGAGUCUGCUAGACGGCCACAAGCUCUUCGAUUCCUCCUUCCAAAGCAUGGCCAUCGAUAUUAAACCUGUCUGCCCCGAGGGCCAGGAGUGCAUUCUGCAAAUCGAGCAGACUAUCGAUAUGGUUCUCGACAUUGACCGAUCCAAGCGACCCAGAGAUAACCCGAUUCCCCGUCCACCCCCUGGACACGAGCUCAAGUGCGAUACCUCUAAGCCUUACCACAACGACGAAACAUGUUAUCCUACCGGUCUUACCACUGGCCAGGAAUGGACAUUGUCCCAGAUCUUCGGAAAGUCAAUCAAGGGCACCUGCCCUCUGACAGACGAAGACGUACCGCCGGUCUGUAUCGAGGUUCCUCACACCCGAGGUGUGUACACAUCUGGCGGAGCUACAGAGAUCUUGAACCCGAAUGGAGCAUCGCGCUGCUUCAAGAUUGGUGCAGAGUCAGAGCUGGAGAUUGUUCUACCUCUGGAAGAUAAGGAGGGUCAGGACCCCACGAAAGAACUGGUCGAACCGCCCACUCCUCUCAUCUACGCCGAGCGCAGUUUCACUGGACACGGACAGGAGCAUGGUGGUAUGCAAGCCAUUCUCACAAACCCAAGCAAGGACACAGAGGUUGAGUUCAUCUACAUGGAGUCACUUCCCUGGUUUAUGCGAGUUUACCUCCAUACACUUAACGCGCGCAUUGAGGGAUCAUCGGGUUCGCAGCCGUCAAUCGUCGAGGACAUUUACUACCGCCCCGCCGUCGACCGUGCAAGAGGCACACAGCUCGAGCUACGGAUGCGUAUUCCUCCUGCUUCUACAGUCUUCCUCACCUACGACUUUGAAAAGUCAAUUCUUCGGUAUACAGAGUACCCGCCGGACGCGAACCGUGGUUUCGACAUUGCCGCGGCAGUCAUUACUACACUCAGCCCCCGUACGCAAAGUACACGCACCACCACGCUGCUGCUGAAUCUGCCCACACCGGACUUCAGCAUGCCUUACAAUGUCAUCAUCUUCACCUCGACGGCGAUCGCGCUCGCCUUCGGCGGCAUGUAUAAUAUCCUAGUUCGGAGAUUGGUCGGCGCCGAUGAAGGCCCCAGUCCAGUGCUCAAGGCCAAAAUAGCUGGUCUCUUGGCGAAGCUCAAGAGCAUUCGGUCAGCCAAGAAAUAGAGAAAUGUGUUUGUGUUAUCCGUUCCGAUGUUCGGCUUUGUCAACGUUCCGUUGACGUAGACGCGUGUUCCGCACCGAUUGUUGUCCGAGCUCACAGUCUGUUUGCCAUCGUAUCCGAUCCGAAUCCGUCUGCCACGAGGUUUGCCAUACGGGGAUUUGACAUGAUUCAGGGGCUGUGGAACGGCCUCUUCCCGUCGUGUAACGCAAGUUACGCUGUCUCUAUCGUCUGACAGACGUCCCCAAUCUGCUGUCAUGUCCUUCGGCUACAGUUAGGCAGGAACCUGGACGGGUGAUACGAUGCCUUGGCGUC